CACUGGACCUAGCAGGGCAGGUGCAUGCAGACAUGCAUGGCUUUCGCAUUUCCGAGUCCACAGGUCUCGCGAGUCCUAUCAGUCGGAUGACAGAGUUGUCGGCCAGAUGUGCUGGCAAGUCCCUUGGCGGGUGGAGAGAGCGAGAGAGAGAGCCAUGAGGGGCCGCGGCCGAAGGAGACUCUCCCCUGCAACUUGUCCAGCUCUGCACCCAGUCCUGCCAACAACCGGCUAUCCCGACGCCUAUCAUGAGCAAUCUUCCGCAGUUUGGGGACUCGGACAGGUCCAGCUCCGAUUUCGACGACGACGAUGACGACGACACGUCCAGCCUACCAUUUCCUGAACCUCUGGCACGCUCGUUUUUCCUUGCACCGGACUUUGAUCCGGCGGCGUUUUUGUCGUCGCUCAGAAAUAGACACCAGAGCUUGGAAGACCUUCGCCAGGAGCUACGGAGUCUCGACCAGCUAUUGAGCAAGGAGCUACUGGAUCUCGUCAACGAGAACUAUCAGGACUUUCUCUCACUUGGGAGCGCCUUGAGAGGCGGCGAGGAGAAGACCGAAGAAGUGCGCGUCGGGCUGUUAGCAUUCCAACGAGACGUCCGAGCGAUCCGGGAUAAGAUUGAGGACCAACGCGCGGAUGUCGAGGCCCUGUUGAAGGAAAAGAAACGUUUGAGGAGCGAGGCCAACAUAGGAAAAUUGCUUUUAGACUACGCGGACCGUGUUGAGGAGCUAGAACAGCGAUUGAUGAUCGGCGAUCUGUCAACCGGGGACCAUCAGCAGGAGUCAGACUCGGAGGCUUCAGAUCCGGAAAUGGGUCUCUACAGCAGUGACAGCGAGGGUAGCGAGGAUGCGAGUGUUGCCGAGAGCAGCCCGGUGCCAGCAGCGCCCGCUGUGUCGCUGAAACGACUUGAACAUCAUAUCCGCAAGUUCCUGUAUCUUACGACGCUCACGGAUCGCAUCGGCAGCAGCCAUCCGUUCUUGCUGAGCCAGCAGCCGCGUAUGGAAAACAUUCGAUCCACCUUGCUCCUGGACCUGAAGUCGGCACUAGGACAAACACAGAACGCAACCGACAAGCAGGAGGCCAGAACCAUGGCCGUGAUGAAAAUGUACAAUCUGAUGGGUGAGGAGGUCAGCACGGCGACUGCCCUGAAGGACCUGAAAAUAUGAUUUGCGAGUAUAUAGUACAAGAUUGCAUAGCGGCGGUGUUCAGGGUUCUGUUUGGAAUUUUUUUUUCAAUUUGAAAAUAAAUGUCGAUACCAUGAUACACCGUGUCCUUCCUAAUAAUAUAAUUUGUACAACC